UACUACUACAGUUGAUCUAAUAAUGAAAUUAUGUGAAAUCACAGCAUUCAAGGAAUAAUUUUUGACAGCGAAAUGCAGUUCAUUUUGGUAAUUCCCAAUGGAUAUCCCUGUAAAUGCUCAAGCUUUAGAAAUGUGCAUGGUUUACCGUAGAAGGAAAGAAGCCAAAAAUUUUGUUAAUUCAGAAAAGAAUUAGAUUCCGAAGAUGAAGAAGAAGGUAGUUGACAGCAUUUGGUGGUGUAGAAGGCCUCCAGGGGAAGUCAAAAAGCUAUAUCAUUGUGCUUCUUCCUCUAAAAGGAACCCAUCUUUCAAAUCUUUGCUAACGCAACACACAGCAAGAAUCAAAUCAAUAUAUUUAGUGUCUUCCAUUGGGUUUUUUAUCAAAACAAAAUCUCUGAAAUUAUACUUGUCUCUCUUCUUCAGAAUGGAAAACUCAACAUCAAAGCAUGAGGUCCUGAAGCCAGUGAUCCUCAAAGCAGGUGUUCCUUUGGCUGUUUCUUUUGCUGGUUUUGUCUAUGCUUGGUUCGUGGCGAAGAAAAGCCUCUCUAAAACAUCUUCUUUAUCACCAAAUGGAGCAAGUUCCCAUGAAAACGAUUCCCACCACGACCCUUCAUAUGAAGAAAGUUGUCAUAGUCAUAGCCAUAGCCUCUCUUGUAUGGAAGAUGAAGGAAAUAGCACAACUUUGAAUGAAAGUGUUGUUGCAGAAAGUUCCCCAUGUUUAGAAGAGGAGAUUAAUGGCUUAAGAAGCAGGAUUGAGGGUAUGCAAAUGAAAGAGUUGGCCUUGCGUUUGCAGCUUGAUCGUUAUUGUGGGUUGAAAGAGCAAGAAAUGGAGGUUGGGGAGAUAAAAAACAUGUUGUCACUUGAGACUGCGCGUGUUGACUUCUUGGAUAGGGAGAUUUCAUCGAUGGAGACACAGAAUAGGAGGUUGGAGAGUUUUGUUGCUCAAUAUCUCAGAGUUGUAGAACAGAUUGAACGUUUGAAAUCUGAGAAUAGAAUGCUUCGGAGGAAGUUUCAGAAGCUAACAAGGAAAUCAAAGGCACAAACCCGUGUGGCCAAGGAGCAGGCUUUGAAGAUAAAAAUGGAAGAAGAAGAAAUCUUGAGAAGCCGUGAUGCUUUGGAAACAAAAGUUGAUGUCAUAGGUAAAUUAGAGGACAAAAUGGAAGAGAUGCAGAGGGAUUUGGAUCAAUUGCAGAAUGAAAAAAAUGAACUUCUGAAGAAGCUUGACACAGCAGAAAAAUCACAUGCUUCAAAGAUUGAAGGUGGAGAUGUAAGUAGGGAAGAGUACAAACAGGUUGUGGAUGAAGUAGAGCAGAUGAAGAAGGAACGAGCAGAUGAAGCUAAAGAACUGAUUUACUUGCGGUGGACCAAUGCCUGUUUAAGGCAUGAUCUAAUGAGGCCUCAUGAACAACAACAUGACCAAGAUAAAAGCCACUCAGAAUUGGAAUUUGGAAGAAAUGAUGUGGUCAUUCAUUAUGACUCAGAGCACGAACUGCACAGCGAUCCUUCAUUUGAUGAGCAUCGUAGUGGUCAUGAUAACAGUGACAGUGGUUCUUCAAAAAGGACAAAGUUGCUUGAAAGGCUCAAGAGAUGGGUGGAAGGCAGUGAAAAGGCUAGAGUUAGGCAUUCUGUUUCCAAAGGGAGAGAUGAAAAUCUAGUUCCUAGAAGGAAAUCAUGUUCUAGUGCUUGAGCACACAAGCAGUGACUCUAGCUCCUUCCUCCUUCAGAACACCACAAUUUACAGAGCAUUAAUAUAGUUUGAAACAUAUGUCUACCACGACGACGUGAUCUACCAUUAACAUAUCUCAUCAAAUUUGAAGCUGUUUAUCUA